AUGAUGACUUUGAUGAACGUGAAACAUGAAAAGCUUCUGGCAAGUGUUCUGGGCCGGAAAGAAAAAGCACAAAUUAGAAAAUCAACGGUGAAGAUCAGCAGUGAUGUGCUUAAUAAAUUCAGUAAAACAGGCCAAAUUAUCAACAGCUGUAGCCAAGAAGAAGCUAGAUUUGGAAAAGAAGGAAAAGAAAAGAGUUGGUGCAAGAAGGAUCUCAAAGUUUGGAAUGAUGUCGUGAAAACCAACCGCUUGGCUGAUCAACUUUCAUUUCCACUGGGCGAGGAAAGGAUGCUGUCGACGGAAAGACCAACGGACAGAGCCGAAGCAUUCAAGCCCAAAACUGAUUUCGAAAAGAAGAUGAUGGAGAUGUGGAACGGUUCAAAGAACAACAUGACAAAUGAUACGGUGUACACAGAAGCUGAGUUAGAGAUUAUACGGGCAAUGGAUGUGAAAGAGGCCAAGGAAAAAUUAAAUCAAAUGCAGAAGAUGCGGGCACUUAUCAGCUAUCGUGAAGCAAAGUAUCGAUAUGCGGCUAAGAUCAAAUCUAAACGUUACCAUCGCAUCCUUAAACGUCAAAAACGAAAGCAGCUAAUCAAAGAGUUUGAUGACCUGCUGGUACGAGAUCCGGAAGCCGCAAAAGAAAAACUACAGGAACUUGAAAAUCAGCGGAUCAUCGAACGCGGUUCUCUCAAGCAUCGUGCUCGAACGAAAUUCCAACAGGACGUAGUGAAAUAUGCUGGUCGAGAUGCUCGCGCUAAACAGGUGUUGGAGGAACAUUUGAGGAUUGGACGCGAGUUUAAAUCCAAAGUCUCGAUAGAAUCCGAAAGUGACGAUGAGAAAGAUGAAGAGAAGAACGAGAAGAAAAUGAGUGUCUCGGAAAUGAUUAAGAGCGCAGCACUGGCAGCAGCGAAAGGAGAUGGAGCAGAAGGAACCUCCGAGACCGCCAUGGACGCCAAAGAAGCCCAAAUGGCUCUGUUCGAGCUAAGAGCGAAGAAGCGACGUCAACUAGAGACGGCUAAGGCUCGGGCCGUGCAAAAGACAACAUCGGAUUCCGAACCGUUAUUCAACCAAGACGAUGACUGGACCGUUGUCACAGCUCAAGCGCCGUCAACCACUGACUCUGAAGCUGUCCCAAAGAAAAAGAAGACAAAACGAAAAUCGCAGGAAUCUGAUGGGAAAUCGGCUGAAACAGCAGUUAAUGAUGUAGACAACAAAGCCGACGCUCCAGCAGAGGCUCCCGAAGUGAAAAGUUUGGAAAUUGAAGGCAAAAAAGAAGAAAAGCGUGUGCACUUUGAUGAAGUCCCUGAGCAGAAGGAGUGCAGUACAAAAGACAUAGAUAAGUUGUUCGAUGCGGCUGAAGAGAAGAUUGUUGAGAAUAUAAAAGAGGUAGCGAAGAAAAUUCGUGAGGAGGAGCAAGAAGAAUCGACUCCACUAAAGGAGAAGAAAACGAAAAAACUAGCGAAGAAAGCGCAGAUGAACAAAAGACAGAAUGGAAAGCGCGUGGAAACGACGAACUUAUCGAAGGUAUCUGCUGAACUUAUGGACAAGAUGGAUGAAUUCGAUGAAGAUCAAGCUCACGUCAUCGCGGAGGCUUUCAAGGAUGACGACGUCAUUGGUGAUUUCGAGGAGGAAAAAAUAAUGGUUGAGGAAGGCGAGCGGCCGAAAGACGUCGAUCUUACGCUGCAAGGAUGGGGAUGCUGGGUUGGACCUGGUAUGACAGAAAGAAAAAGGCGGAAACAGUUCAUCAUAAAGGCGAAAGAAAAGAGACGCAAAGACAAAAAUCGACCUGGAAGUAUAAGCAAGUUUCAACCAACUAGUCUUCCGUUCCCCUACACAAGUGUGGUGGAUUUCGAAACGAUGGUCUCACAGCCUAUUGGCAAGGAUUGGAAUCCAAUGGGAGUUGUACAAGAAAUGUGCAAGCCAUCAGUUGUUACUCAGGUGUGCACUACUUUAUGUCUCACCAUGGCAGAUGAUGAUGACUAUCAAGAUAUGGACAAUGACGAUUUCGUCGAUGAUGAUGUUGAAGAUGUAGAUUUGGAACAGGGAGAAGACGAACAGGAUGAUCACCGCAUUGAUAUUAUAAGUGCAGAGAAAGGAACAGCAUCCACAGACCGUGUGACGACACCAUUCAUGACGAAGUAUGAACGCGCUCGAGUUCUUGGUACACGUGCUCUUCAGAUUGCUAUGGGUGCACCGGUGAUGGUGGAAUUGGAAGGAGAAACGGAUCCACUGGAAAUUGCUCGCAAGGAGCUAAAACAUCGACGUAUUCCAAUCAUUGUUCGACGAUACCUACCAGAUGGCUCAUUUGAAGAUUGGUCCGUCGAUCAGCUGCAUGUGACCGACUGGUGA